AUGGCGCGCCCCGAGCGCUACUUCUGCACGGCGGGCCGCGGCAUGGAGCCUUUCGCGGCGCAGGAGGUGCGGGCGCGGCUCGGCGCCACGGAGGUGGACUACGUUUCGGGGAAGGUGUUCUUCACCACCCGGGCAGAGCUGUGUGACCUGAGGAAGCUCAAGUCCGGGGAGCGGUUGUUCCUGCUGCUGAGGAGACGUGCCCCCCUGCACCUCUCUAGAAAUAAAGGGAAAGCAUUGCAUGAAAUUAAAAGUCUUGUCACUGAGGAACCAAGGAACUGGCUUGAUAUUAUCUCUAUUUGGAAAAAUCUUUGUGGACACAAGGAGGAAAAGGAUGAUGUCUCUCAAGAAAAUCCUUUGCCUCUCAAGAGAAAACCAGAAGAAGAGGUGAAUAUUGCAGCUAAACGACAGAAGACAGAUACUGUUUCUGAGGAGUGCCAAGCAGGAGCUGAGAAGAGCUGCUUGGUGACAAAGAGUGAUCAGGACUUUGGGACUGAAAGCCAGACUUCUAGAGAAGAACUUUCCCAAAGCAAUGAAGAGAAAGAUGUUGRUAAUGAGAAACAUAGCUUCAGUUUCAGAGUUUCUUGUCGCUGUAGUGGAGCAAUUGCCAAAAUACUUACUUCACAGGAGAUUGGAAGAGCCAUUGGCAUAGCACUUAUGAAGCAGUUUGGAUGGAGGGCAGACUUGCGGAAUCCAGAUCUAGAGAUUUUUGUGCAUCUAAAUGACAUUCACUCUGUCUUGGGAAUUCCUCUUUUCAGGAUUCCGUUGGCAAACAGGGAGUAUAUCCAAACAGCAGGACUGAGAUCAACUAUUGCCUGGGCCAUGGCAUCUCUGGCUGAAAUCCGUGCAGGUGCYUUUGUCCUGGAUCCGAUGUGCGGGUUAGGAACAAUCCUGCUGGAAGCUGCCAAAGAGUGGCCUGAAGCCUGUUACUGGGGUGCUGAUAUAAGCGAUUCACAGUUAGAGGGUGCAUAUACAAAUAUUAGGAGUGCAGGCUUGAUGGAUAAGAUUGAGUUACUUAAAGCUUCUGUGAAAGCAUUGCCACUGCCUUCAGAAAGCUUYGACACUGUGAUUUCUGAUAUUCCAUUUGGGAAGAAGUUCAAGAUCACAAAAGAUGUUCCGUACCUACCAGACAUUCUCCAGGAGAUGGAGAGAGUACUUCGUGUUGGAGGGAGUCUUGUAUUGCUGCUCGGUCAAGACCUCCRUAAGGACAUGGAUGAGGUGAUGAAGCGUGUUGAAAGCGAUGGGUCUCCUAAAGCUGUGUCUGAUGGUGCAAAUGAAACCACCACGGUGAAAACCUCGGAUGUCAAUGGGAAUUCUUCCUCUGCGGUGCCUGAUGUUGAAGAAUCCUUUCUUGGCAGCAGACAGAUGUGUUUUGGGUCACUGGUGCUGGAUGGCGUCUAUGGGGUUAGCCUGGGAAAGACAGAUGCUUUCAUACACAAAUACAAGAAGAUCUCUACUGCUGGGAAUCAGUAGCUUUCUUGUAGUAUGCAACUUGAAUCCUGAUAUAUUUGAAAGCAGCACAGUGGUGGAACACUGCAACCCUGCAAAUCUGAAGCCUGUGCUACUUGUUGGCUCCUCUGACUUGGAUGUGAUAAGGGUUUCUUCAAAACUUCUCAUUAUCAGGAGAAGGAUGGAGAUAGGUAUUAUUUUUCAGCAUUUAAAAAAAAAACUUUUAGUAAUAUUAAAUGGAUUUUCAUCUUUGGCAGUAUUUUUUUUAGGAAGCUGUUUUUGGUAAGGUGUAUCUGGCUCUUGAGAGCUGGGUGUUUGCAGCCUUGUACUAUUUUAAAGCUAGGACGCAUCUGAAAUUACUGUUCAGAUCUGUUGGAAAGGAAAUAAACUGUUUUCUAUGU